AGAGAGAGAGAGAGAGAGAGAGAUGACCAGUAAGGAUGCAGAGUUACUACUUUGUAAGAUGCAGUUUAACUUCUCGAACUUGCUUACAGAUUUGCGAGGAUUAGAUUUGCAAACCGGUUUAUUUACCUUCCGCCAAAUUAAAGCUGCCACAAACAACUUCGAUGUAGAAAACAAGAUUGGGGAAGGUGGUUUUGGAUCUGUCUAUAAGGGUGUAUUGUUAGAUGGUACUGUAAUUGCUGUUAAGCAACUUUCUUCCAAAUCAAGGCAAGGAAAUCGUGAGUUUGUAAAUGAAAUAGGCAUGGUUUCUGGCUUAGGGCACCCAAAUCUUGUGAGAUUGUAUGGAUGUUGUAUCGAAGGAAAUCAAUUACUAUUGGUAUAUGAAUACAUGGAGAACAACAGCCUUGCCCGUGUGUUGUUUGGUCCAGAGCACUUGCAAAUUGAACUAGAAUGGCCUACAAGGCAAAGAAUUUGUAUUGGCAUAGCUAGGGGACUGGCUUUCCUGCACGAGGAAUCAACACUGAAAAUUGUUCAUAGAGACAUUAAGGCUACCAAUGUUCUACUUGAUAGAGACCUCAACCCAAAGAUCUCUGACUUUGGUCUAGCGAAACUCGAUGAAGAGGAGAACACUCACAUCAGCACCAGAGUCGCCGGAACUAUAGGAUACAUGGCACCAGAGUAUGCACUAUGGGGUUACUUGACCUACAAAGCAGAUGUGUAUAGUUUUGGGGUUGUUGCAUUGGAAAUUGUUGCUGGAAUGAACAACAUGAAAUAUCGUCCUGAUGGGAAUUAUGUUUGUCUACUUGACUGGGCUCUUGUUUUGCAACGUAAAGGAAGUUUGAUGGAGCUAAUAGAUCCAAGGUUGGGUUCUAACUUCAACAAGGAAGAGGCAAUGAGAAUGAUUAAAACAGCUCUAUUGUGCACUAAUCCGUCACCGGCACUUAGGCCUAACAUGUCUGCCGUAGUGAGCAUGCUUGAAGGUCAUGUUACUGUUCAGGAACUAAACAUGGAUCCAAGUAUUUAUGACGAUGAAUUGAAGUUCCAAGCCCUCAGAGACAAGUAUGAAGAGUUGGAACUCCGAAACUCCAGUGAAACUGAGAUCCUUAACCCUUCAUCACACAAAAUACACGGUGGUUCUUCCUCCACCACCACCCAAGAUCUCUACCCAAUUAGUCUUGGUUCUUCAUAUUGAGGAGGGAGAAUUAUGCUUUGAUGGUCCAUAAAUAGAUUGCUUGUUGAGCUAUUUUUUAAGUUUUUGUCCUAAGGAAGCCGAAAUAUGCAUUUUUUCUUUUUCCAUUAAGAAUCAUGACCAUGGUGCAAUUGAAAUCAAGAGCACAGUGACAGUUGGAUGAUCAAGAAUUUAUUAGUGUAAUGGCUAAAAAGGAUUACAUGAAAUGAUAAAUGACAGUUAUUCUUGUCUUGCUUCAGAAACUAUGCUUAAUUUGUA